UGUCGCCUCGAUGAAAACAUCUCUAGAAGCAGAGAGGCAGAAGAAGCUGACAUCACAACAAGCAACCCAUGGAACCCGAGUCACAGAGUCAAAGAUCCGAGUGACGCGUUUCACCUGCACAGUUCUGUUUGCGACCCCAUCGUCGAGCGAACAGCUUUUUUUAGCCUCGCAGCUUCAAGAAGUCAAAACUGAGGAACGUUUUAAGGAGCAGGUGAGGAGAGAGAAGUGGACCAUGUGUGAACACGUCAGGGGCUGGGACUCCACCCGGGAUCUCAUCCAGGAAUCCGACCACAUCCUGACAGAGAAGAGGGUGAAGCUCGACAAUCCUGCCAAUGUUGACAGGGACGUUGUAGAAGAAGAGUUCCUCAAAGAGGAGCUCUCCCCCUCUACUCCUCUGUUGCCAAAGCCUUUUCUUUCUCCCCUUAUCCCCGCUCCUCCACAGAUGGGACAAUCUAACGAAGGUCCAGGGAAUAAGGAGGAUUCGGAAAGUUCUGUCUCUGUCGGCGCGCACAAGGGAGACUCUGACGAGAUCCCAGCAACGAAGAAGGAAGUGCUGGUUACCCUGGAUUGGGACUCUGUAGAUGGGCUUUUUAGGGAGAGUUCAAGGAAAGACGAAGAUUCCGAGACCUGCGUCUCCAUUAAGAAGUACUUGGAAGAAUUUAACGCGACGCUGAAAGAGGAGUUUGAAAACAAGGUCUGGACUUAUGGGGACCAUAUCGAAGACCUUCCUCGGAAGGAGAUCCUCCUCCCGCCUCCUCCUCCGUCACGACUCCUUCAUCCUCUACCUCCAAACGUGAGCUCUGCUUUACCAGAGUUCAGUGUCGACAGUGCCGUCCCGGUCGGGCCUCCUAUUCCGACAUUUCUACCUCCAGCUCCUGCUGUCCCUCCUCUGCCCUCCAUCGAGGAGAUCAUGGAGGAGGUCGACCAGAUCCUGGCAAAGAAUUUCAGCAACGUGUUUCCCACUGACCGGAACGUCAAGGAGGAAUUUCUUCCGGGAAAUUUGCUCCUGCUUCCUCCUCCUCCUUGUCCUCCAGUCUGGCUCGGUCCACCACAGCUCCACACUGAUACUUUGAUUCUGCACAGUUUACCCAUAAUCCACGUACCUGAAGACUUCAAGCUACAACCAGUUGGAGUCCUGAAUGGAGAAAUCUUGUACCACGCUGUCCAGACUCCUCUGAAUGUCAACACCUCAAAACGAGUCAGAGUCAAGCCGGAUGACGGCCGACCCUACGUUAAAAAGCCACCAAACGCCUUCAUGAUUUUUCUGAAGGAGCUGAGACCACAGGUGGUGUCGGAGCUCAAUACCAACAGAAGUGAUAUGGUGAAUAAAGUCGUGGGAGAAAAGUGGAACAGUUUGCCAGUCGAGGUGAAGGCCAAAUAUUUCGAGAAGGCCAGACUGGAACAAAAGCUCCAUCAGCAGCAACACCCUGGUUGGUCCACCAAUGAUAACUAUGGCAAGAAGAAAUGGGCGAAAAAUAAGAUGAGCAGCAGCAGCAGCAACAGCAGCAGCAGCAGCUGCAGCAGCAACAGCAACAGCUGCAGCAGCAACAGCACAGCUGCAGCAGCAGCAGCAACAGCAGCAGCUGCAGCAGCAACAGCAACAGCAGCUGCAGCAGCAACAGCAACAGCAGCUGCAGCAGCACCAGCAGCAGCUGCAGCAGCACCAGCAGCAAUACAGCCUACCCUCCAUUUCUCUGCUUGAUGCCCGACUCCACCUCAGGGCCGGCCCCGGACCAUCCAGGGCCCGAAGCAGAGACUAAUUAAAGGGGCCCCUCUUCUAUUUAUAA